AUGACUGAUUCUAUGGAGGUUGAUAAUAAUAAUACUGUCGAAAAAUCAAUUGAGGAUUUAAAAGUACAAGAAGAAAUUAAAUUGAAAUCACCACAUUUACCACUCUCAAAGGUUAAAAAAAUUGCAAAAUGCGAUCCUGAACAUGUAAUUACUUCAAAUGCAGCUUUUGUAGCAACUUCAUUUGCUACUGAAAUAUUCAUCAAAAAUCUAACAGAAGAAACUUUAGUGUUAUCCCAACUGAAUCAAACAAAUUCAACCAAACAAGUUAAAAGGUUGACCUACGAAGAUUUGGCAAAAUGUGUAGCAAGAAAUGAAAAAUUUCAAUUCUUAGCAGAUGUAUUACCAAUGACUAAGAAUUUAAAGAAUUUGGUUAAGGAAAACAAAGUAAGGUAUACUAAUGCACUACCCGUUGAUAUAAAUCAAACUACAUUGCCAUUUACAUCUGCAAAUGGCUCUGCAAACUCUCGAAACAGUGAUGAGGAAGAAGAAGAUGACGAUGACGAAGAAGAAGAAGAAGAAGAGGAAGAUGAUGAAGUUAACGAUGACGAUGAUGAAGAUGACGUUGAUGAAGUAGAAGAUCAACAAGCUAUAGAGAAAGAGCAGAAAUUACAGGAAGAUUUAAAAGAAGUUGAACAAUUGAAUCAUGUUGACGAUAUCGAUAAACCAGAAAUCGACAAUAAUGUUGAGGAUAUCAAUAUAGAUUCUGAUAACUCAGACGAAUAA